ACUAGAUGAUGGAUCCGUAUAACUAACUACCAACGCUAGUCCGAUCUUCUUCUGGGGAAGCCGGUCACAGACGUCAUGCCGACUAGUAUUAUAUUAUUUUCUUGUUAUUAUUAUUAUUAUUAUUAUUAUUAUUGGCACCUUGGUCAUGAUCUCUUUGGUUGCAGGCAGUGUAAUAAUCAACUAAUAAUCCUCAAAGAUACGUGUGUGACUCCGGAUGCCAGCAUUGGUCGGACCCGAAAGCCAAGAUGGCAGCCAACACCAUCGGUUCAGCCCUAACAGCCACCGCGAUCCUUCAACAUCCUUCUAGAACAUCGGGUAAGAAUCAACUAGAUUUCGACAAGAAGGAGCUAGUAUUUCUCACAGAGAACAGACCAGCUCGCCGGUUCCUCUACUUCAGAUUUCUGAUCACGUAUCUCAAUGCGAAGAAGUCCGAAAACACGGCGUUUACGUCUACUGUCGAAGGGAGAGACCAGUUCUGGGCGUCCCCUGGGGAGUACUUGGAGAAGUCGACCCUCAAAGCUCUCGCCAGAAACAUCUCUGGUCUCGAACUACCUCCCACUCUCCUGCAGCACACAUUCGAACAUGCGCCGAAGGAUGAGCUGGCGGCCGACUACGUCGGCAUCAGCCUUUCCUCGCUGCUCAGGGAUGCGACCGUGGAGAGCACAAAGGAGUUGGAGGCCGAAGAUCCUUUUGAUGAAGACGAGGAAGAGAAUGAUGAUUGA